AUGUCCAACCAAGGAAAGACAGGCGAUGCGCGGCGUCGGCAUCACCCCGGUCGGGAUCUUGUCAGUUCCCGGGAAAAUUGGUAUGAAGGUGGAUACACCUGUGCUGUUGUAGACGUCACCGUGUUGGCUGCUGCCCUGCCUGGGGUAGAUGUUGCCGCCAUUGCCGAGUUUGAAGGUUCGAGGUUUGUGGUGACCAUCAGAGGAGAUUAUGAUGAGUUGCUGCAGCUGGUUGCUGAUGAACUUGAGAAAGCUGCUGAUCACGCGGGAAAUGAUAAUGAAAAGAACAUGUUGCUCAAGUACGCAGAAUCGUUUGAAGACGGAUCUUUGGAUGCUCAUUACGACGGUUCUCGGUUUUGGAUUAAGAACAAGAGCCCGGCUGUGGAAACGUACAUUGGGUUCAUCGAGACGUACCGAGACCCUGCUGGGGUUCGCGGCGAGUUUGAGGGCUUCGUCGCCAUGGUGAACAAGGAAAUGUCUGUGAAAUUCUCUGCUCUGGUGGAAAAUGCGGAAACGCUCUUGAAUCACAUGCCCUGGCCCAAGGAGUUUGAAAAGGACAAAUUCCUGAAACCGGAUUUCACGUCUUUGGAUGUCCUCACAUUUUCUGGUUCCGGGAUCCCCUCGGGCAUCAACAUCCCCAAUUAUGAUGAAAUACGACAGUACGAGGGUUUCAAAAACGUCUCGUUGGGGAAUGUCAUUUUCGCCAGUUCUAAAGUGAUCGCCGGCGAUAUUUCUUUCCUGAACGACGAUGACGCAAAGUUGGUUGAGAAGUACGGGGUUCAGUCUUUCGAGUUGCAAGUUGGCCUUCACGAACUGCUCGGCCACGGAAGCGGGAAGUUGUUUGUCAAGGACACUUCUGGCGGAUUCAAUUUUGACAAGAACAACUUGGUGAACCCGUUGACGGGAUCGAAAAUCACGUCUUGGUACGAACCCGGGGAAUCGUACGACUCCAAGUUUGGCGCGUUGGGGAGCGCGUAUGAGGAAUGCAGAGCAGAAACAACCUGCUUGCAACUUUCGCACAUUCCGGAAGUACUCCGUAUUUUUGGAUACGAAGGCGAAGAAGCCGAAGUGAUGAAGAGGGUCUCUUGGCUGACCAUGGUGUAUUCCGGGUUUGCCAAGGCCCUGGAAAGUUACCAGCCGUCUACGAAGGCCUGGCUUCAGGCUCAUUCUCAGGCCAGGUACGUGAUCUUGAGAGUCUUGCUGGAAGCAGGUCAGGACUUGAUCACUGUCGAAGAGGUCACCGGCUCUGACGGGAAGCCAGACCUCAGGCUGCAGGUGGACUACUCCAAGAUUGACUCUGUCGGUCGACCCGCUGUGGCUGCUUUUCUGAGAAAACUCCAGGUGUACAAAUCAUGCGGUGACAUUGCUGCAGCCAAGGAGAUGUUCAUGAAUUACUCCGAAGUUCCGGACGAGGGAAAAUUCCCAUUUGGGAAAUGGCGGGAAAUUCUCAUGGCUCGCAAAAAGCCGAGACGUUUGCUUGUCUGUGCCAACACUUCUGUGGAAGGU